AUGGGCGGAAGUGCCAGCAGCGCCGUGGGCCCGGGGGCAGAGGCCGCCGCACUGGCGGGUGCCUGCUACUCCAGACCCGCGGGCGCUCCGCAGCUGGGGUACGGCACUGCGGGCUUUCGAACCGUGGCUGAUGUGCUAGAUCCCGUGCUCUACCGCAUGGGCCUGGUGGCUGCCCUGCGGUCCAAGGCUCUGGGCAAGCGUGUGGGCGUGAUGAUCACUGCUUCCCACAACCCGGAGAGGGACAACGGUGUGAAGUUGGUGGAGCCCUUGGGGGAGAUGCUGCUGCAGGAAUGGGAGGUCUAUGCGACCCGCCUGGCCAACACCCCGGACGCAGACCUGGGGACAGUGCUGGAGGAGAUCGCUUCGUCUCUAGGCGCGGAGUGGAGCGAAAACGAGCGCACAAUGCACCUUUUCCUGGUCGUUUGGUUUUACGUCUUCGCCCUUGAACGAAAUGAGGAGUAA